GAAUUGAGCUGCUGAGUGAAAAUAGCUCAUGCCCUCACAGGUGCUAUAAUGGUGACUUCUUCCUCUUAAGCUGCGAAUGCCAGAAGACUCUGCUUUUGUGAUCAGAUUUCACACAGAGAUAUGAGGAAGUUCGACCCCCCGUGGCCCGUUUUCUUCAGGCGUCAAUUGAACCGAAACUGGCCCCUCUUUGUCGGUUUCGCCGUCUCCGGCACCGGCAACGGCCUUACUAGAGAGGAUGCUAAGAACUCCAUAUUCGUGCAGGGGCACAAGAGGACUCAACUUUCUUUUCCCCGGAUAUGUUGCAGAGCAACGUAUGGUAAGUGAUUAAUUCAUGUUCUUCUCCAUGUGACCUUUUGGUAAAACCAUUUCAUGAUCUCAACCUGUACUUAGAAGCUUGUUACAGAUAUGGCGAUGUUGUUCAGAUAUUUCUUAAAUUUUUGUUUAUAUUUCAAGUUUUUUCAAAGGGAUAUUCAUUUUUUUUGGUAUAUCUAUUUAAUGAAGUCUAUUUUCUGGGUUAUGAAUGUUUAUUGGGGUUUUAUUCCUAACCGAGAAGACCAAAAUUGUUCAUGUUUGAAGUGAUAAUGUUUGAUCUGAAAACGUUAGUCUUUGAUAUUAUUCCUGUUAAAUCUGGGACAGAUGGUUCGUUCAGUCUAAGAGUGAUCCCUCCAAACCUGUUAGCAGCAGAAAAAGAAGAAGCUAAGGCCGUGUUAACAUUGUUCUUGAAGAAACAAGGCUUGAGCAAUCCAGCUGCUGCAAAAAUUAUCAACAAGUCAGACCCUUUCAUUGAUCACCUUGUUUCUCGGCUUCAUUCUGUUCACAAAUCUCAUUAUCUAGUAGGGCGAGAACUUACCACUCUUGAAAUUAGGGAUGCGCUUAUUCCGUACCUUGAAACUCUAUUUGAGGAGUAUGGUGACAUUCUAGUAGAGGUAGUGGAAAAUUUUCCAAACCCUCCUGUUGAAGAAAGAUUGGAGGAAAAUUUUCUAACCUUGUCUGCCAAAGAAAGGUCAGUUCCAUCAGUGUCUCCUCCCAACACUACCCUUGACUCCAAGAAGCUGAAAGCCAUGGCUCGAGUGAGUGAUAUUGGCCCAACUGGGAAGCUCCCUCAACAUGUUGUCUACCUCAUGGAUCUUGGUAUGGAACUUGAGAUGAUCAAGGAGGUUACCCGGAAGUUCCCUGCAUUCGCCUACUAUAGCUUAGAGGGGAAAAUCAAGCCUGUGGUUGAGUUUCUUCUUCAUCUUGGGGUACCAAAAUCUGAUAUUCCCACCAUACUCAGCAAGAGGCCCCAACUUUGUGGAAUCAGUCUUUCUGAAAACCUGAUACCCACCAUGAACUUUUUAGAGGACUUAGGCGUGGAUAAGAAACAAUGGGCAAAAGUGAUUUAUCGCUUUCCUCCACUUCUCACCUAUAGCAGGCAGAAGUUGCAAGCAACAGUAGAUUUUCUCUAUGAAUUGGGACUAUCUGCUGAGAGUGUGGGUAAGGUUCUUACACGCUUCCCAAACAUAAUUAGUUACAGUAUUGAGGAUAAGCUUAGGCCCACGGCUGAGUACUUCCGUUCUAUUGGGGUGAAUGUUGCAGUUCUUCUCCACCGAUCUCCACAAACUUUUGGUCUAAGUAUUGAAGGGAACUUGAAGCCUGUGACGGAAUUUUUCUUGGACAGAGGGUACAACAUGGGGGAUGUUCGAACAAUGACCUCAAGAUAUGGGGCACUGUAUACUUUUAGCUUGGUAGAGAACUUGAUACCAAAGUGGGAGUUCUUUUUGACCAUGGAUUAUCCAAAAUCUGAGCUGGUUAAAUUUCCUCAAUAUUUUGGUUACAGUUUGGAGAGGAUCAAACUUAGGUAUUCAAUUGUGAGGGAAAAAGGAGUAAAAUUGCUGCUGAACCAGGUGCUCUCUCUUUCCAAUAGUGAGUUUGAUAAAGCUCUCAAACGUAAAUUGAAGAAAAAAAGCUUGAUUGACGACUAGUGUCCAAGUAUUUGAUAGUGCUGCAAAGAUCUGCAAUUGGAUGUGCAAGAAGAAGACUGACUCCAAAAAUGUCGGGAUAAGGCUGUUGAAUUGAGUUCCCAAAAAGGUGUUGGAUGUGAAUAUUUUGUUGCAUUGUUUGUAAGUAUUAGGCAAACUGCGGGCUGUGUGGAUUUUGUUGUUCUGGAAUUCUAUCAAGGUACUGAGGAAAGAGUUACUGUUGUAUAGACAGCUGCAGAAGAAAUGAAGCAAGCAUGGACUAUGCUCAAUUCUGUUUAUCUAACAUACCUACAUGUAAUGUGACACCCCCACAUACAUGGAACAGGGGAAGAGGGAACAGGGAGAGGAGGAAUUACUUCGAACAUUGUCAGUGUUAAAUACUUACCACAGCGUUGUAAGAUGCACAGAAUACCAUCGCAUUAUAUUCGAUGUUGAUAUUCCGGAAAGUGCUCAUUACCUCGCCCUUUUUGGCAGCCUCUGAUUUUGACAACGAUGAGAUCAGUUUUUGAUGGAUCUAUUUAAAACUAUAGCAGCCAUUGAAUUUUG